GUUACAUGGCAAGAUGUUUGUGUGUGUGUGUGUGUGUGUGUGUGUGUGUGUGUGUGUGUGUGUGUGUGUGUGUGUGUGUGUGUGUGUGUGUGUGUGUGUGUGUGUGUGUGUGUGAGAGAGAGGAGUGAGUAAGUGUUUUCCAUUCCCUCCCACCUCCUUCCUGUUCUCCAGACAAGCCUGUGAGCACUGCAGGUGUAGGUGAGACUCCACUGUUAGUUCGUAGACAGCAGGGAGAGGGAGUGACUGAGUUAUUACCUGAAGGAUCACAAAGACAAGAGAAAAGUCAUAUCUGUUGACGCUCCAUCAGUUGGCCAAAUACUGCCCCCUGGACAAAAAAAGCACCUCCUCUGGAAAUACAACAGACAUUGAAUCAAAACUACUACUAAUACCACUCCCUACAGGUGCGUAUCAGAAAACCAGAGGGAGAGUAAACCAUGGAGGUCACCAAGGUCUGGCACAUCCAGGCCCUGGACCCAGUGCCCGAGGAAGAUGAGCAGGAGUCGGACUCUUCCUCCGGUGGGGACAAGCCAGAGUGCUCCAUCUGUUUCAACACCUAUGACAAUGUCUUCAAGACGCCCAAGCUGCUGGACUGCACCCACACCUUCUGCCUGGAGUGUGUCACCCGGGUCAUGGCCGUGUCUGUGGAACAGGACGGGGGCCAGAUCCCCUGCCCCCUCUGCAGGCACCCCACCUCCAUCCCCGCCAGCGGUCCCCCUGCCCUCCUCACAAGCCUGGAGGUUCUGGGCAGGCUCCCCACCCACCUGCAGCAGGAGGAGAGGGUGUGGAUGGAGGGGAAGAAGCUGUGUUACUCCAGCCUCGGCAGCCCUGACCCCCUCCACCCUGUCGGCUCCUCCACCUGUAUCUGUAUCGACAUUGGGAGGAUCCAGGAGGAUGCUGUGUCCAGACAGACUGAGGCUGAACAAGGGAGACGCGUCUGGGGCAGACGAUACCUCUGUAGCUUCUUCUCAGACUGGAAGCGGCUGGUGUUGUUCGUGGUGCUGCUGGUCAUGCUGGUGUGUGUCAUCAUGUGGCCGCUGCAGUGUGUCUUUAGUACAGGAUCGGUUCGUUGUUUGAAAAGCAAGGCUCCAGCCACUGUGGGGCAGACCCCUACUCCCUCUACAGCUUCCACCAUCACUCAGCUGCUACGGUGAGAUAAGGAGGGGAGACCCAAUGUGCAGCAAAGGGCCUGGGGGCACCUUAUUAUCGCAGGUGACUCUGACUGGCACAGCAGGACUGUGAAGGAUGAGACUGAAAGACAAGCUAGCUCUCCUGGUGAAAGGACUUCAAAUGAGCCAUAGAGAUCCUAUUCAAUUACUAAAUGGGCUACAUUGAGCUCCAAAAGUAUUGGGACAGUGACACAUGUUUUGUUGUUUUGGCUCUGUACUCCAGCACUUUGGAUUUGAAAUUACACAAUGACUGAGGUUAAAGUACAGUCUGUCAGUUUUAAUUUGAGCAUAUUUUCAUCCAUAUCGGGUGAACCGUUUAGAAAUCACAGCACUUUUUGUACAUACAGGGACUUCGGAAAGCAUUCAGACCCCUUGACAUUUUGUUA